GUGAAUCAAAAACAACUUUGUAAUGAUUUGUGCUAAUUUAAUACAUUUAAUUAUCAAUACAAUUGCUGUCAAUAAACGAUAACCUCAUUAUCUAAAAGAGAUAAUUAUGCACAGAGAACAGAUAGUAUUAAUGCAACAGUAUUUAAUAGACAAAAAAUUAUGGCUAAGUUAAAUAAGUCAUUUAUCUGGGGCACCUUGUUUGCCUCUUUAACAUGGACUGUCAGCCUCUACCUGUACUGGGGCUUAAAUUCCACUGCCGAAACACAACAGUCAACUUCGAUCUCUUAUUCACCAGUACCUGCAAAGUUUAUUGGGAAACAAAGACCGUAUUCGAGUAACGAUGUGUUAGCUCAAAAUAAAAAUGAUGUAUCAAGAAAAGCAUUGAAAUGGGAGAAGUAUGCGAAGUCUAAAUAUAUGUUGGAGGAACGUAGUAUGAAUAAGUAUGAUGUUUUGAAGAAACCCAAAAUGUCGGAGGAUAUGGAUAAGAAAUUGUAUAAUCCGAAUAAAGUUAGUGAUAAAUUGUUGAAGGAGUUGCAGCCGAUUGUAGUUUUACCAGAAUUUGAUGAACCAGGAAUGGUGCACACCAUAGAUGAGCAGAUAUUAAAAGAAGAAGGCUACAAAAAUCAUGCAUUUAAUGUUUUGGUUAGCAAGAAAAUCGGCUUGGAAAGAAAUGUACCUGAUACCAGACAUGAAUUGUGUGAAAAGCAAGUUUAUGAUUCCAAUUUACCGAAAGCAUCAAUUGUAAUUUGUUUUUACAAUGAGGAUUUAACGACUUUGCUAAGAUCGGUUUAUUCAGUUUUUCAAAAGACUCCCGAGCAUCUCAUUCAUGAAGUGAUACUUGUAGAUGACUAUAGCGAUAGGUGUGAUGAAUUGGGGGAGAAGUUGGAGAGUGAUUUGCGGUUUAUGUUUGAAGACUCUAAAGGUACUUUGAAACCCGAAUGGUACAAAAAAGUACACAUUUUAAGAAUGCGCAAUCGAGAAGGACUCAUCCGUGCAAGAGUUUUAGGCGCUAGAAAUGCAACGGGCGAUGUAUUAGUAUUCCUAGAUAGCCAUAUCGAAGUGAACAAAGAAUGGCUUCAACCUUUACUCCAACGUAUUAAACAAAAUGAAACCACAGUUGUGAUGCCGGUUAUUGAUAUUAUUAAUGCGGAUACAUUUAACUACACACCAAGUCCUCUUGUUCGGGGAGGUUUUAAUUGGGGACUUCAUUUUAAAUGGGACAACUUACCUAAAGGAACGUUAUCUCAAGAUGUAGAUUUUAUUAAACCGAUCCGAUCUCCAACAAUGGCUGGGGGAUUAUUUGCAAUUAACAAAGACUAUUUUACGCAUUUAGGAGAGUAUGACAUGGGUAUGGACAUAUGGGGCGGUGAAAACUUAGAAAUAUCUUUCAGGAUUUGGAUGUGCGGUGGCUCUUUGGAAUUGAUUCCUUGUUCGAGAGUUGGUCACGUGUUUAGGAAAAGGCGUCCUUAUGGAUCACCCGGAGGCACAGAUUCUAUGUUGAAGAAUUCUUUGCGAGUGGCUCAUGUCUGGAUGGAUGAUUAUAAGGAUUAUUUCCUGAAGCAGCACAACCAAGCUAAAUAUGUAUCCUACGGCAAUGUCCAGCCAAGAAUAAAGCUACGAAAGGAAUUGGGAUGCAAAUCAUUCAAAUGGUAUUUAGAAAAUAUUUAUCCAGAGCUGAAUUUACCAGGAGAAAAGUCCACUGGUAAAUCUGAUGGAGAGAUCAAAUUUCAACCAUGGCAUUCAAGGAAACGUGAUUACGUAGGCAACUAUCAAAUACGUUUACAAAACACUUCGUAUUGCCUACAAAGUUCUGAAAGAACAGGCGGUCAGAAGGAAAUUCUAAAACGAGGCAUGCACUUGACGGUCCAGCCUUGUAUAAGAGUCAAACAUCAGAUGUGGUACGAGACUUCAAAGUCCGAGCUGGUCCUAGCCCAGCUGCUAUGUCUCGAAGCCUCUCUCGGAAGUUCAGCAUCAGGAAUCGGAGCAGCCAAAUCAAGGCCAAUUUUGGGAAAAUGCCACGAAAUGGGAGGCGACCAGGAAUGGAAACACAAACGUGAGAACGAUACUCCAAUUUAUAACCUGGCUUCAGGAACGUGUCUUGGUGUUAAGAGACUGCCCACGAUGGAUUCUUUGGCUGGGGCUGUCGUGGAAAUGGUUUUGUGUUCAGCUAGUGGCGACGAGUAUAAUUUGAGAUGGGAUUUGGUAAAGUGAUAGUAAAGUAAGUGUGGUUCGAAUGUAGGUUUAAAGCUUUCCCAGUAAACCACAAAACGUAAUUAAAACGUUAAUAUAACGUAACAGAUGUACAUCAAACAUAGCGAUUACGUAACCUAGGAGGCUCAAUUGAGUACAUAGCAUACUUGGUUUAUUAUUGAUAGAUAAAUUUGUAGCAUAGGGA